AUGUCUGCCAAUGACAGAUCAAAUCAUGAAUUUACAACACCGAUAGAAGAAAUUCGAAACAAAGAUCAACUUGAAAAAGAACUUUGCCGGUUUAUAGUUGUUGUUCGUAGGGAUAUUGCUUUAACGGGUGAACAAUGUAAACAUAAAUUCCCACAAUCAUACAAAACCAUUGAAGGUAAAUUAAGAGAUAUGAAGAGAAAAGGCUUGAUUAAAAAAAAUUCUGCUGAAUCAUUAUCAACUGAUGAAAUCAAACAAAUGCUUAAUCAUCGUUUAACUUCCCGUGAUGCAGCUGAAGGUCUUGUGAGACGUAUAUUUAAGAAUGAUCAAGGUGGAUUAUCGGGAAGCUCUGAUUGUCUUGAAAUUCCAUGUCCGUGUGAUGAACCUGGUAUUUUGGGACCAUUUUAUGAUUUCAAUUUAUAUAUUAGUAAGAGGCAAGAAAAAUGUGAGACUAAAAAAUUUUAUUUGCAAGUCACCUCCAAUUCAGCUAUAAGUAUAAAUAAUUGGUACCUUGACCGUAGGAUGAAAAGUGAGAAGAUCAAAUCAUAUCUAAAAACUAUAUGUAUUGAUGUUGGGAUUGAUGUUCAAGAUCGGAAAAUAGUUAAUCAUUCAAGACGUAGCCUGUUUGACAUGGCUAUUUUAGCAUUAGAUACUAACAAGUCAACUGAUAUUAAUGAAAUAAACAAUCAAGCUGUUAAUAACAAGAACGCAGUAAUUAUUGAUUUAAAAGAUUCUUAUGAAUUGCCAAAAGAAAAUGAUGUUUCUACAAGCAAAAUUACUCAAGUAAUUGAAGGUUCAUCUAUGGAUUUAAAUUCUGAGAUAAUUAACAAAUUAAAUAUUAAUAAUGAUAAACUUAUUGAUAAUUCCAAUUCAAAUUGUAGCAAAAGGAUGGGAGGUAUCAAUAAGAUUGAUAAACAUUAUUCGAAUAAACCCAUUCAAAAGACUCAAAUUACUUGA